GCUCGUUUUUAUCCGUUGGUAGCCGCUUUUGAGCAUGCGCGUUGGGGAGCAGGAAGCUCGGAGGAGACGAUCAUUGAUAAACAUGAUAAAGCAACAUGGGACCAAGAAUAGAGGGCUUUAAUCCUAUGAAAUGACAUCAAGAGUUGAAUGCAGAAAAGAUGUCUCCCAAGGAGCCUUUGCCAGCUGUGCAGGAUGUUCUGAAGAAGGCUUUCCGUGUUGUAGAGCACCAGCAUGGACUCUGGAAGAGUACUCUGAGUGAUUGCUUACCUCUUCUGACCUCUCUUAGCAACCUGGCUGAGCAGCUCCAGGCCAGUCAGAAUGUCCAGUUGGAGGAGACUCCACUUCAGGCUUUCCCUGACCUGAAAGAUCGUCUGAGAGGAAAACUGCUGGCUGCUGGGGACGCCAUCUUAGACCAAUUGGGAGAAAAGCUAAACAGCCUUCUCCAGGUACGAGAUACAGUCAGCAGCCAUGUGGAACAAGUGUUUGAACUGUAUGAACAGAAAGCAGAUGAACUUGGACUUGAUAUAGUUUUGCAACCGUCUGCUGUUAGCCCCUCAUUGGCUGAUAUGCUAGCAUGGUUACAGGACAUUGACAGACAUUAUCGAAAUGUUUACCUGGAAAGGAAAUAUCUCCUCUCUCAGAUUCAGUGGGAAAAUUUGCCAAACAUCCAAACUUUGCCACAAGCUGGGAUCGAAUUUCAGAGAAUGAUCAAGAUCUAGUACAAGAUAUCCUGCUGAAUGUAUCUUUUUUCCUGGAAACUUAAAGGAGGUUUCUAUCCACAGAACAAAGAAACCACACUUAAAAUCCACCUUUAUUUCACCUGUCACUCUAAAACAAAUGUGGGCAUACUCGUGUUGGGAAUACAGAUUUCUAGAACACAGUUAUUUCAUAGAUGACUGGGGCUAUGUUUGUGAACCCAAAGAGUUUUUAUUCUAUACCAGAGACUGAGUUGACACGCAGUAAGGAAAAUCAGGUUGAUAGUGACAGAAGUAGUAGUCAGGGCAAUGACCAAGAAUGUUGGAGGAGCUGGAGUAACUGCCCAAAAGGGGGGGACCAUUAUGAAGACAGGCAAAGAAGGAAAACCAGUACUCUGCCAUGGUUUUGUCACUCAAAACCUCUGCUCCAUAUGCUGUCUUAACUUUGGGAGGAUACAUUUACUUUUAUCUGAAAUUUAAGUAUAUGUGAUGGAGAAGUUUGUUUAAAAAAGUUCACCUUUAAAACUACUUUUCCGAGGGUUUAGGGACAAAAAAUAAAAAUGAUAAAACUCAACACUUGUGGGUCAUAGAGAAAUAAGAAGCUCAUAUUUUGCUUGUGAAAUUUAAACUGAUAAGCCUUGGGGAACAGACUGGGGGCUGUGCUAUAUAUUGUGUUCAUAAUCUUUGAUCCAGAAAUUCCCUGUCUAUGGAGUUUACUCUGAAAAGCAUAUCAAAAAGAAAAUAUUCCAACAUUUGGAAAACUGUUACUGUAAUCCAAUCCUAUAAUUCAUUGAAGAACUAUGGAAAGGAAAUUCAGUGAAUAGGAAAAUAAUAGAAAAAGACUGAUACAAAAUACUGAAAAGUGGAAAAUGCAGAAUCUGGAUUAAGUAAUGAGAAUAAAAUAAAUCUUUGAUAAGCCCCUUCCCCUUUGAACUUUCUCCAUGUCUAGAAAUUUAUUAUAAGAGUAUUUCCCUGGAGAAGUUCAGUAAGCACACUUAAGUAAGUAUGAGAAUAUAAAGGAUUUUAUAUAUACACACACACACAUACAUAUAUACAAAUUUAGGGGUAAAUUGAUGAAAAUAACUGGAGGAGAUAGAGGUUUGAAAUCUUAAGUUAUAGAAAUUUGGUUAUCAAAGUUCAUUUUAAAGUUUGGGUUAGAUUGGUUUUGUUACUGUUUAAUGGAUUGAUUAUAUUUAACAUUUUUUCCAACUUGCUGUUUCCAAAUUGUGCCACAAGGGGGUGGCAAAGUGGCAUAAAUUACUUCUGAAUUUCUUCUUUUUGAGGAUUAUUGUAGUUUCAUGAGCCCAUUAGAAGAAAAAGGAAAGCUAGAGCUCACCUAGUCCAAACUUAUAUUUUAUAGAAGAAGAAAGAGACAGGAGGUGAAGGGACUUCACUGAGGUCAUACAACUUUUCAGUGGCAGAGGGAAGAAUCCCAAAUGUUGAUCACUUGGCUCCCAGGACAGAGCUUUUUCUGUUUCCCUAUGUUUGUGUUUACUAAUCAAGGUCUACUGCAGGACAUUAUAGUCUCCUGAUUGAUUGGUGGGAGGAGGGAGAUGAAGAGAUUAUCCUCAAAAGUGAUUACUAAUGAUAUGCAUAAUCCAGUGCUUUUUGGCCUCCCCUCCUUUCCUGGCACAAUCUCUUCUUCUUAGCCUGUUGUCCUAAAGCAGGGAGACAAUAUGUCUUGGGUAUAAAGCCUUCCAGUGAAGGAUGUGUUCUGUCUCUUGGUUUUGUUGGGAAUAAAUAGUUUUAAUAGCU